AUGGCCGUGGGACCCCGCCGUCAGGUCCGGCACACGAGCUUGCACGCCUGGCGCGCGAGGACACCGGAUGCCCGCGCCGCCCCGAGGGCCCUAGGCGACGCGACGCGCUCGGACCGCCGCCGGCCCACCCGGAAGCCCUUCCCCGGCUCACACCUGCCGGCGCGUGACGCCGGCCGGUCCGCGCCGCGACACUCGGGACGCCCGGGCCCUGGCGACCGGCGUGACCGCGCGCCCCUCACACGACUUCACACCCCCCCGCCCCGCGCCUCGCGUCUACACAGCGCGAUGCCGCAGCGCGGCCCACCCUGGACCCGCUCGCGCCCGCCCCGCGGCCCGGCUCGCCCCCGCCGAGCGCGCUCUCGCGAGGACACGCACGCGCCGCGCCUCGGCGGGCCGCGCCGCGCGCCCCCGAGGGCGUCCUCCGUCGCCCACCCUGGGCCGCCCCGUUCGGCCCGGCGGCUCGCGGGGAAGGGCAAGGCCCGCGCGGCCCAAGGUCCCCACUCACCGCCGAGCCGCGCCGGCUCCGAGCGCGCGUCGUUCCGCCGUGGAGCCCAGCGGCGACCGCGGCCCCCGCUUCUCCGCAAGCUGUGGAGGCGACGUCGCGGGGAGGCUGAGAGGCGAGGGGGGGUCACUGUCGUUCGCUUCACCUUCCCGAAGCUCGGGGACCCCAGAAACUAA